AUGGCACCGACGACACUCCACGUCCGUGCCGAGACUAAACCCCUCGAACAUCGCUCCGCAGUCACCCCGACCAUUGCCAAGAAGCUUGUCGACGCCGGCUACACUGUCAAUGUCGAACGGUCCCCACUGAGUAUCUUCGAUGAUGCAGAGUACGAGCCGGCGGGAGCGAAGCUGGUUCCAACUGGAUCAUGGAUCGAUGCUCCUAGUGAGCACAUCAUCGUUGGUUUGAAGGAGUUGCCGGAGGAGGAUUUCCCUCUGAAGCAUACACAUGUUCAAUUCGCCCAUUGCUACAAGGGCCAAGGAGGCUGGGAAACAGUAUUGGGUCGCUUUCCCCGCGGCAAGGGAACGUUGUUGGAUCUGGAAUUCCUUGAAGACGAACAAGGGAGAAGGGUUGCUGCCUUUGGCUACCAUGCUGGAUUCGCGGGCGCCGCACUGGCGUUAAUGGCGUGGGCGUGGCAGCACACUCACGGCAAGGAGCAGCCGUUGCCCGGCGUGACGGCGUACGACAACGAGGCAGCUCUGAUUGCCGAUGUCAAGAAGGCUGUCGACGAGGGCAAGGCAAAGGCCGGCCAUCUGCCACGAGUCCUGGUCAUUGGAGCACUCGGCCGCUGUGGUAGGGGCGCGGUAGAUCUUUGCGUCAAAGCCGGCCUCAGUGACAUCCUGAAAUGGGACCUCCCCGAGACCUCGGCGAAGCCAGGACCGUACCAGGAAAUCAUCGAAUCCGAUGUCUUCGUCAACUGCAUCUACCUCUCCGCCAAGAUCCCGCCCUUCAUCGAUGCCCAGUCCUUGUCGACGCCGACACGCAAGCUGAGCGUCGUUUGCGAUGUGUCCUGCGAUACCACGAACCCUCACAAUCCCAUUCCCAUCUACGAAAUCAACACCACCUUCACCAACCCGGCCGUCCCGGUGAAGCUGCCAGGCGGAUCUAGUGAGCUGCCGUUGAGUGUCAUCAGUAUCGAUCAUCUGCCAUCUCUGUUGCCGAGGGAAUCGUCCGAGGCUUUCAGUGCGGCGCUGCUGCCGAGUCUACUCCAAUUGAACGAGUGGAAGCAUGCGCGCGUCUGGCAGCAGGCUGAAAAGCUGUUCAAGGAGAAGUGCGCGACUCUGCCAUAG